AUGACCGACAAUAUCCCCUUACAGCCCGUGAGGCGAGCGAAAAGACACAACAGUAAAAACAGAAACGGGUGCUGUCCGUGGUCGAGAUGCUGCGGAGGGGGGGACUUCCGUCCCCGCACUGUGUGGCUGGGCCACCCAGAGAAGAGGGAGCAGAGGUACCCGAAGAACGUCAUUAACAACCAGAAGUACAACUUCUUCACCUUCCUUCCUGGGGUGCUCUUCAACCAGUUCAAGUACUUCUUCAACCUGUACUUCCUGCUUCUGGCCUGCUCCCAGUUUGUGGAGGAGUUGCGUUUAGGUGCCCUCUACACCUACUGGGUCCCUCUGGGUCUGGUUUUGUUUAUAACCAUCACGAGGGAGGCCAUCGAAGAGAUAAGAUGCUGCCUUCGAGACAAAGAAGUCAACUCUCAGAUUUACAGCAAGCUCUCAACAAGAGGCACUGUGAAGGUUAAAAGCAGCGGCAUUCAAGUGGGCGAUCUAAUAAUUGUGGAAAAGAACCAGCGUGUUCCUGCUGACAUGAUCUUCUUAAGGACCUCUGAAAGAAAUGGCUCCUGUUUCCUGCGCACGGACCAGCUGGACGGAGAGACGGACUGGAAGCUGCGCCUCCCGGUGGCCUGCACCCAGAGGCUGCCGACCGCCGGCGACCUCCUCCAGAUCCGGUCUUUCGUGUACGCUGAAGAACCCAACAUCGACAUCCACAACUUCAUAGGAACCUUCACCAGGGAGGACGGAGACCCGCCGGUCAACGAAAGUCUGAGCAUUGAGAACACGCUGUGGGCCAGCACUGUUGUCGCCUCUGGCACGGUGGUGGGGGUGGUGAUUUACACAGGCAAGGAGCUGCGGAGCGUCAUGAACACCUCCAACCCCAGGCACAAGGUGGGCUUGUUUGACCUGGAGGUGAACUGCCUGACGAAGAUCCUGUUCGGAGCUCUGGUGGUGGUGUCUCUGGUCAUGGUGGCCCUCCAGCACUUCGCCGGCCGUUGGUACCUCCAGAUCUUCCGCUUCCUGCUUCUUUUCUCCCACAUCGUGCCCAUAAGUUUGCGUGUGAACCUGGAUAUGGGAAAGAUGGUUUUCAGCUGGAUGAUCAAGAAAGACUCCAAGAUCCCGGGAACGGUGGUGAGGGCCAGUACCAUCCCGGAGCAGCUCGGACGCAUCUCCUACCUGCUGACCGAUAAAACCGGAACCCUGACCCAAAACGAGAUGGUGUUCCGGAGGCUCCACCUUGGAACUGUUGCUUAUGGGAUGGACUCCAUGGAUGAAGUUCAGAGCCACGUUUUCAGUGCGUACACUCAGCCCACCCAUGACCUUCCGGCCUCCAGGGCUCCCGCUGCCACCAAAGUGCGGAAGACCAUCAGCAGCCGGGUGCACGAGGCCGUGAAGGCCAUCGCCCUGGUGCACAACGUCACGCCCGUGUACGAGUCCAACGGCGUGACCGACCAGGCCGAGGCAGAGCAGCACUACGAGGACACCUGCAGGGUCUACCAGGCGUCCAGCCCAGACGAGGUGUCGCUGGUGCAGUGGACUGAGAGCGUGGGCCUGACUCUGGUGGGGAGAGACCAGUCCUCCAUGCAGCUGCGGACCCCUACUGGCCAGAUCAUGAACUUCACCAUCCUUCAGAUCUUCCCCUUCACCUACGAGAGCAAGCGGAUGGGCAUCAUCGUGCGAGACGAAUCUGCGGGGGAGAUAACCUUCUACAUGAAAGGUGCUGACAUGGUCAUGGCGGGCAUCGUGCAGUACAACGACUGGCUGGAGGAGGAGUGUGGAAACAUGGCGAGGGAAGGUCUGCGGGUCCUCGUGGUCUCUAAGAAGUCGCUGACGGAGGAGCAGUAUCAGGACUUUGAGGCGCGGUACGUUCAGGCCAAGCUCAGCGUCCACGACCGCUCGCUGAAGGUUGCCACGGUGAUCGAGAGUCUGGAGAUGGAGAUGGAGCUGCUGUGUCUGACCGGGGUGGAGGACCAACUCCAGACCGACGUCAGGCCCACGCUGGAGAUCCUCCGCAAUGCGGGCAUCAAGGUCUGGAUGCUAACAGGAGACAAGCUCGAGACGGCCACGUGCACGGCCAAAAACGCUCAUCUGAUCACCCGCACCCAGGACAUCCACAUCUUCAGACCGGUGACAACCCGAGGCGAAGCCCACCUGGAGCUCAACGCCUUCAGGAGAAAGCACGACUGCGCUCUGGUGAUAUCGGGAGACUCGCUCGAGGUCUGUCUGAAGUAUUACGAGUACGAGUUCAUGGAGCUGGCGUGCCAGUGUCCUGCUGUGGUUUGCUGCCGAUGCACCCCCACCCAGAAGGCGCAGAUCGUCCGGCUCCUGCAGGAGCGCACAGGAAAACUCACCUGCGCUGUCGGGGACGGAGGAAACGAUGUCAGCAUGAUCCAGGAAGCCGACUGUGGAGUGGGAGUGGAGGGAAAAGAAGGAAAGCAGGCGUCCCUGGCGGCCGACUUCUCCGUGACUCAGUUCAAACAUUUGGGUCGUCUGCUGAUGGUCCACGGGCGGAACAGCUACAAGCGCUCGGCGGCCCUCAGCCAGUUCGUCAUCCACAGGAGCUUAUGCAUCAGCACCAUGCAGGCGGUUUUCUCCUCCGUUUUCUAUUUCGCCUCGGUCCCGCUCUACCAAGGAUUCCUGAUUAUCGGUUAUUCCACCGUCUACACCAUGUUCCCCGUCUUCUCACUGGUGUUGGACAAAGAUGUGAAGUCGGAGGUGGCCAUGCUGUACCCAGAGUUAUAUAAGGACCUGCUGAAGGGCCGACCGCUGAGCUUCAAGACCUUCUUAAUAUGGGUCUUAAUAAGUAUUUAUCAAGGCAGCAUCAUCAUGUACGGCGCGCUGCUGCUCUUCGAGUCGGAGUUCGUCCACAUCGUGGCCAUCUCCUUCACCUCCCUGAUCCUGACGGAGCUGUUGAUGGUGGCGCUGACCGUGCAGACGUGGCACUGGUUCAUGAUCGUGGCGGAGCUGCUCAGCUUGGCGUGCUACAUCGCCUCGCUGGUGUUCCUGCACGAGUUCAUCGACAUUUACUUCAUCACCACCGUGUCGUUCCUGUGGAAGGUGACCGCCAUCACGCUGGUCAGCUGCCUGCCGCUCUACAUCCUCAAGUACCUGCGCAGACGCUUCUCUCCACCCAACUACUCCAAGCUGACGUCCUAACCGGCGAGGGAGCCGGGCCCAGACGGACGGGCAGGCGUCCCGCCGCCACGUCAGAGUCUGCAGAGCGUCCUGGUUCUGAGGUGUUCUCUGUCGGGACGCAGCUUUACUUCUGCAACGCCACUGAGAGUUUAUGAGUGUGGGAGAUGAAUGGACCGUUUUUAUGAACGUAUUUAUUUCUGAUUCUGUCGGAGUCAAACCCUUAAAGUCACUGAGAAUAUGGAAUGAUGGGAAAAAUGGGAAAACGUUAUUAUGCUUUGAGUUCAACUUUUUGAUCAGAAAGCUACCAAAGCCAGUUGCUGACCUUUAACCUUUGUUUUCUGAACCGUGCACUUACAGCCGCUGCAACGAUUUUCUGUGUUUUGAUUCUAAAUUUCUCGUCUGUUCUCGACUUCAGUUUCUGAUCGUUUCUUUGCAGCGUCGAUCUGGUAGAUUUUGCAGGUUUGGUUUCUAACCACGCAGUUACAAACGGGCAGACUUCAGACUUUCAGCGUCACUUUAAGCUGAUGCAGAAAAAAAAAUCUCACAAGUUAUUAUGGGCAAAUAAACACAAACAAAAACAGCAGGAAGGACAGUGGAAAGUUGUCUUAGUCACUUUCCCGCUCAGUCAUGAGCCGUUCUAAACUGAGACUUGUCGGGUUAAACUGGGUUUAUUGCCGCUCUUUUGAGGGCAAACACACCUCUGCACGUUUAUUCGGGGGCGCCGACCUCCGCGGUCUGACGUUAAAUCCGUCCCGUUCUCGGAGAACCGCAGGGCUUUGCCGACUGACAGGCCGGCGAGCUGCGUCUCCUCGCCAGGAAUGCUCAAAUGAAGAGGAGGAGCACCGUGACUCACCGACCCCAAGAAGCCAUAACUGAACCCCCCCUUCCCCCCGCUCUACCACAGUAGCACCCGAGAAGCACGGCGGCUGUAAAUAACCUCCACCCUCAAACUAACCUCACUGCAAAUACUAACCAAUCACGGGACGGAGAACUUCCUGCUUCUCCAUCAUCCAUCUUUAAGCUGCACUGGAUCCUUUUUUUGUUUUUAAGGGGAACAAUGAUGCAUAAUUCCUUUUUGUGCAGGUUUGAUGUCUAUUUUUAUGUUUGCAUGAAUGUAAAUAACUCGUUUUUAUCUCGUUGCACUUAUGAGCCAAACCAGAAGGGAGAAUUGUGUUGAUGUCAGUGUUGUGAUCACUAAUAAAAGACAUUUCCUGUA